AAAAACUUUUCAUGCCCUCUAUGCAUGAAAAUGUUCAAAAGGUCAUCGACCCUAUCAACCCACUUGUUGAUACACAGUGAUACUAGGCCAUUCCCAUGCCCGUUCUGUUCCAAGAGAUUUCACCAGAAGUCUGACAUGAAGAAGCAUACUUACAUACACACAGGCGAGAAACCCUACCAAUGCAGACAGUGCGGCAAGUCCUUCAGCCAGUCGUCGAACUUGAUCACGCACAGUCGCAAGCACAGCGGCUUCAAGCCCUUCCCCUGCGACCACUGCUCUAGGGCUUUCCAACGCAAGGUCGACCUCAGACGCCAUGUUGAAAUUCACCAC